CAGCGAAAUCCGGCGUCUUGCUGUCAUUCGUUUUGUAAGCGGUCAGCAACUCCAGUUGGAAUUAUUUAUUCUCAACGGCUAUUGAUAUUUUAACAUUAUAAAGUUUAACAAUAGACAAACAAAAUGUUCGAAGCACGCUUACUUAAAAGCUCUAUUUUAAAGAAAGUCUUAGAAGCAAUCAAAGAUCUUCUCACUCAGGCCACAUUUGACUGCGAUGACAAUGGAAUCCAACUGCAGGCUAUGGACAACUCCCAUGUUGCAUUAGUAUCACUGUUAUUAAGGGCAGAUGGAUUCGACAAGUACCGAUGUGAUAGAAAUGUAACAAUGGGCAUGAAUCUUGGCAGUAUGACAAAGAUCUUAAAAUGUGCUGGGGACAAAGAUACGGUUACUAUGAAGGCCCAAGACAAUGCUGAUACAGUUACAUUUGUCUUUGAAAGUCCAAACCAAGAAAAAGUUUCUGACUAUGAAAUGAAACUUAUGAAUCUGGAUCUAGAGCAUUUAGGUAUACCUGAGACUGAGUAUAGCUGCACAAUUCGUAUGCCCAGUGCAGAGUUUGCACGCAUGUGUCGAGAUCUGUCACAGUUUGGAGAAUCCAUUGUUAUCUCAUGCACCAAAGAAGGUGUAAAGUUCUCAACAAGUGGUGACAUUGGUUCUGCUAACAUAAAGUUAGCUCAGACAGCAUCAAUAGACAAGGAAGACGAAGCUGUCAUUAUAGAAAUGGACGAGCCUGUCACACUUACCUUUGCUUGUCAAUACCUCAACUAUUUCACAAAGGCCACUUCACUCAGUCCUCAGGUACAACUAUCAAUGUCAGCCGAUGUACCUUUAGUUGUGGAAUACCGUAUCCCAGAUAUUGGACAUAUCCGUUACUACUUAGCUCCUAAGAUUGAGGAAGAUGAUAACUAGACGACCAUCGUGUUCAAGGCUGAUACCGCUGUCAUUCCACUAAAUACAAAUCAUAUAAUUCACAAAGUUAAUUCAUAAUAAAUGGAAACCGUGAUUUCCUCUUUUAUAAGCUUCUUUGUGAACCUUAUUCAAUAGUACUAAGAUAUCAAUACCGCAGUGCCUAUUAUUGUGUAAGAUAAUAAAACAAUUUUU